UUUUUGGGAUCACUAACGACAGGCUGGAAGGAUCCAAACCAAACCCCACUUCCAUGGUUCCAUUAUUAUUAGAGAAGAACGGACUCUUCAGUCUCUAAUAAAGUUUGAUAUUUUCCGCACAAACAGAACCAGUAGCAAGAAAGAAAAGCUUACAUAAAGUGAGAAAAAGGAGGCUUGGGGUUUCUUUUCUUUUCCUCUUUCCUUGCAGCCUCUGCCAAGCAUCUUUUGUUCACUUUUUUCCCCUUCCUUUUCCAACUCUCUCUCUCAUUCUUUCCUUACUCUCGGAGAAGUUUUACUGGGUUUUCUUUGGUUGGUUUUCUGCCAUCAUUUCCUCUGUUUUAGCUAGAACUUGCUUCUUGUUGAGGCGAGUCUUUAUUGGCUUUCCUCUCUGGCAUUGAACUGUUUAUUUAAGAAGAAAAAAAAGUUCAUUUGCUUUUCUUAUUAAUUUUCCUUCCUGAAAUUACCUUUUGUCCUCUGGAAUUUGAUUUUCUGGAAAUUCAGGUGCUGAUCCUUUCUAGGUCUUAUGAUCAUAUCCAGUAGUUUAAAUAUAAGUUUGAGCUUCAAAUUCCGGAAUGUUUCCCAUACCUUCACUUCUAUCGGUCUAAAUUUCAUUACUUUCUACUGUUCAUUUCGUGGUCGCAAACGUUGAAGUUUUGUUGAUUGCUUGGCAAUUCUCGUUCUCUAUUUUAUUGGGUUUCGGAUUCCAUGGGACUCUGUCAUGGAAAACCCAUUGACCACCCAGAAACCAAACCCGAGAAACCGAUAAUUCCCGGCGAGAACGAGCCGGUACCUCAUUCCCAGACUGGCAAGCCCUCAAAUUUCCCAUUCUACAUCCCAAGUCCCCUGCCAAGUCUCUUCAGGAACUCCCCCGCCAUUUCGAGUGUUAGUUCGACUCCUUUGCGUAUUUUCAAGCGUCCAUUUCCGCCUCCUUCUCCAGCAAAGCACAUUCGGGCAUUGCUAGCCCGAAGGCACGGCUCGGUUAAGCCGAAUGAGGCCUCAAUCCCGGAAGGAAGUGAGUGUGAGAUUGCGUUGGAUAAGAAUUUCGGGUUCUCGAAACAGUUUGUAGCUCAUUAUGAGAUUGGAGAAGAGGUGGGGCGCGGGCAUUUCGGUUAUACUUGCUCGGCCAAGGCUAAGAAAGGGAGCUUGAAGGGGCAGGAUGUGGCUGUCAAGGUUAUCCCGAAAUCAAAGAUGACCACAGCAAUUGCCAUAGAGGAUGUGCGAAGAGAAGUGAAGAUACUACGGGCACUAACAGGACAUGAGAACCUAGUGCAGUUCUACGAUGCCUAUGAAGAUGAAGACAAUGUUUAUGUAGUUAUGGAAUUGUGCACAGGAGGUGAGCUGUUAGAUAGAAUACUUUCAAGGGGUGGAAAAUACUCAGAAGAAGAUGCAAAAGCAGUUAUGGUUCAGAUUUUAAGUGUAGUUGCCUACUGUCACCUCCAAGGUGUGGUCCACCGAGACCUCAAGCCAGAGAAUUUUCUUUUUGUUACCAAGGAUGAAAAUUCUCCACUCAAAGCCAUUGAUUUUGGACUCUCCGACUAUGUAAAGCCAGAUGAGAGGUUGAACGAUAUCGUAGGAAGUGCUUAUUAUGUGGCUCCUGAAGUUCUACAUAGAUCAUAUGGAACAGAAGCUGACAUGUGGAGUAUUGGUGUAAUUGCUUAUAUUCUUUUGUGUGGAAGUCGUCCCUUUUGGGCCCGGACAGAAUCCGGGAUUUUCCGAGCUGUCCUCAAGGCGGAUCCAAGCUUUGAUGAAGCCCCUUGGCCUUCUUUGUCCAAUGAUGCAAUAGACUUUGUGAAGAGGUUGUUGAACAAGGAUUAUCGUAAGAGAUUAACGGCUGCUCAGGCUCUAAGUCAUCCAUGGCUGGUCAAUCACCCCAAUGUAAAGAUACCAUUGGAUAUGAUAGUGUACAAGCUUGUUAAAGCUUAUGUAUGCUCAUCUUCUCUGCGCAAAUCAGCUUUGGCGGCCCUUGCAAAGACAUUAACUGGAGCUCAGCUAGCUCAUUUGCGGGAACAAUUUACGCUGUUAGGGCCAAACAAAAGUGGAUUUAUCUCCAUUCAGAACUUUAAGAUGGGUGUCAUGAAGAACUCCACCGAUGCAAUGAAGGAUUCACGAGCCCUAGAUUUCGCCAACAUGAUCAGUUCUAUUCAGUACAGAAAAUUGGACUUCGAAGAAUUUUGUGCAGCUGCCAUAAGUGUGCAUCAGCUGGAAGGAAUGGAGUGCUGGGAACAACAUGCAAGGCGUGCAUAUGAGCUGUUCGAGAAGGACGGGAAUAGACCAAUUAUGAUAGAGGAACUUGCCUCUGAACUUGGACUUAGCCCAUCAGUACCAGUUCACGUGGUUCUCCAGGACUGGAUAAGACACUCAGAUGGGAAGCUUAGUUUCUUGGGGUUUGUCAGGCUUCUCCACGGGGCUUCUUCCCGCUCAUUUCAGAAGGCUUGAAUUCAAAACCAGACUGCACAAGGAACUUUUCUCAUCCAUCUCCCUCUCGUUGACCUGAAAUGUCGGGAAGAAACUAUCUACAAUUCAAGAGCUGUCCUAUACGAGCCAGUGUUGUCUUGGUCGAGUUGGGAGAAUGCUGCAAACGAUGAAGCAUAUGUAGCAGCUGUUGCAUUUGGUGCUGGUGAAACCAUAGGCAGCAAUGCAUGUUCUCAUAUCAAUUUUUUCCAACUCAUAUAAGGCUCUUUUUUCGUAUUUCUAAAUAUGAUUGGUGCUGUUGAAAUCUAGAGAAGUUGUACAGAUGAGGGUAGAUUCAAGAAUGUAAGUAGGAUUAGCAGACUGAUUAAGACUGAAGUUUUUUUUUUUCUCCCUUGCCUUCAGUGUUUAUCUGCCGUGUACCAGCCUGCACUUGGUUUCCUAAUAAAUUUUUACUUGCUACUUUUAGACAAA